AUGCCUCCUGUCUCGUCCUCAGCCACUCCCUGCUCGCCCGCACACAAGCAUCCCUCCCUCAACACGCUCUCCCAGGCUCUCCCCUUACCCCUCCAAAGCAACACCCAGCUUCUCCAGCCCCAGCCUUUUAUGAGCAGCACUCUUCUCAACAAGCCCUACGACGCCUUUGCCGACGAAGGGGCAGACGAGGAGGUCGUUGUCGAGACCAAGUCAAAGAAGCAGCAGCAGUCCAACCACAUCCACAUCCGCAUCCAGCAGCGCAACGGCCGCAAGACGAUCACGACCCUCCAGGGCGUGCCGACCGAGUAUGACCUCAAGAAGUUGUUGAAGGCUUUCAAGAAGGAGUUCGCCUGCAAUGGCGCCAUCAUCGAAGACGAAGAUCUCGGAAAGGUCAUCCAGCUCCAGGGCGACCAGCGCACCAAGAUCCAGGAGAUGUUGAUCGAGGAGGGGAUCGAGAAGGAGACGAUCAAGAUGCACGGUUUCUAA